UUAUAUAAGAAUAAAUCAUUUGCUGCGAGAAAUGUUACAAGCAAACCUGAGUGUACUGUGUAGGUACACCGGACAGGUUUUCCUAUCACUCCUCAGAUCUAAGAGAAAAGAAUAAUAUGAGAAAUGUGACAGAGAUUACGUCUCUCACUCUUGUGGGUCUAUCAGACCAUCCACUGACCAUGAAUGCACUUUUUGCGUUCUUCCUUCUGAUCUAUCUGAUGACUGUGAUAAUAAACCUUCUUAUUUUUUUCUUGGUCCUCACUGACUACCAUCUGCACAACCCAAUGUAUUUUUUUCUUGCCAACUUGGCUUUUCUGGACAUGUCCUAUUCAUCAGUGACGGCACCAAGGAUGCUCUUUGAUUUGGUCACAAAAACCCGAUCGAUAUCCAUUCCUGCCUGUAUAUCCCAAGUCUUUUUCUACCUCUCCUUUGCUCAUUCAGAGCUUUUCUUGCUCUCGGCUAUGUCCUACGAUCGCUAUCUUGCCAUCUGCCACCCUCUACAUUAUAAACUAAUUAUGUCUUGGAGGGUCUGUGCUUGUAUGGCCUCUCUGGUCUGGGUUGCAGGAUGUUCUCUCUCUUUGGUUCAUACUUUAUUUUUGCUCAGGUUGUCCUUCUGUGGACCAACUUCUGUCCACAACUUCCUUUGUGACCUUCCACACUUAUAUCAAAUUACAUGUACUGAUACCUUCAUAAACAUGGUGGUCAUAUUCAUAGCAAGUGUUGGUGUUGGAUUCGGAGUCGUUCUUAUGACCUUUCUUCCCUAUGUCUAUAUUUUUAGUACCAUCCUUAGAAUCCAUAGCAAGGCUGGAAAGAGGAAAGCAUUCUCCACCUGCACAUCACACCUCACCGUGGUCUUCAUCUUUUAUGGCUCCUUAAUUUUCAUUUAUUUGGUUCCCUCCUCCAGUGAUAUGUUCAGUUUAAACAAACUGUUUACAGUCAUAUCUGCCCUCAUUAACCCAUUGCUGAAUCCUCUGAUCUACAGCCUGAGGAACAAAGAUCUCAUGGAGGCACUUAUGAGGUCUUAUUAUCACUUAAAGUUAAUCCGGGCAUCAUUCUGAAAAUAUCACUGUGAGCUUUGACAUUUUUGAAAUUGUGUGUCAUUUUUAACUAAUUAAAAAUGCCAGUAUUGUCUUUUAUAAAAUGAAGACCUGUUGGGUGCUCAUACUUGUACCUACCCUUACAUAACCAUAGGUUAUGACCAGACCAAAUGUAGCAGUUUUAAUACACUUGUGUUAUUCUCAAAAAUAGCUGUGACUCAUUUGUCUGCCCUUUUGUAUGCAACUACCAGGAUAUUAAUUGUAAAAAAAAAUUAUAAAUACCCAGAUCAGAUUGUUUAAAAGCUGACAAAUAGGGAAACAUCUGAG